AUGGCCGCCGACGACGAGGUCCCCACCAAGGUCGAGGAGGAGAAGAAGGCUGACGAGGUCAAGACGGAAGAUACCGAGGUGAAGGAGGAUACAGCAGCUCCUGAGGCUACGAAGGAGGCUGAAGAGAAGGAGGAGGGGGCUGCUGAGGCUGCUACGGAGAAGCCGUCAGGAGCUCCUGUCGAGGAGCCCAAGACAGAGACCGUCGAGGCAGAGACAGAAGCAGAGCCUGCUGCUGAGGAUACGCCUGCCUCCACUGACGAUACGACAACGGGAGAGGACAAGCCUGAGGCUGAGGAGAGUGUCGAGGCCACUGCGCAAGACGAGCCCGAGCAACCAGACGCCAAAUCGGAGGAAGAUCUCGCGGAAGAAGUUGCCGCGGAGCUAGCGGCUUCGGAGGAGGCCCAACCGGAGGAGUCUGAGCCCACGCCUGAGCCUCAAGUCGAGGAGGAGAAGCCCGCCCAAGAAGAACCCGAAGCCGAGCCGGUAGCAGCGGCUGAAGCUGAGAAGGCGGCUACCCCUGAGCCUGAAAUCACGGCCGACGAACUCGCAAAGGAAGUGGAGGAGGAAUUGGCGGCUGCGGCGGCUGAACCCACCCCCGCUGUCGUUGUCGAAGAGGUCGAGGACGAUAACACGGAGCCUGCUGCAGUACGCGAAGCAAGCCGCUCUUCGUCGUCGAUGCGCCGUGCUUCCGGCCAGACUGAAGCUCUAAUUCAAGCCGCCGCUAAGGAGGUUCUCGAAAGACUCGAGGCACAGACCAUGGAGACCAUUCGCAACCGGUCACACUCUCCCCGAGAUUCCAUGGGCUCGACAAAUAACGGCACCGAGAUCCACUACGACACAAGAUCCGACACCACCCGCGGUGAAUCUCACGACAGAAGGUCAGACGUCACCCACCGCGACUCUUGGGCUUCCCGUUCUCAGGCAAGCUAUCAUGAUAGCCCCCGUGAAAGCCGCCGUGAAUCCCGCCAGAGCCGGCGGGGCAGACACAGCCGACGCGACAGCGACGUCCGGCCUGCGCCCAUGCACGUCGAGGACGGCGGCGAUAGCUCCUCCCAGCACGGUGGUGACUCUGAUGUGUUCAGUGAUCGCAGCGCCCGCAGCUCUAUGGGUUCCUUCGACGGUGGCCACAUGGAUCACCACCACAAGGACAUGGAAUGGCGCUCGUCGAAGCGGUCUUCGGCCAUGUCCGAUAUCUCCAUGUCUGACAUCUCCCACUACGACCGCGAGGAGUUUGUGCCCACCAUCCGCGGCUCUCAGAGGAUGCCUUUCCGCACGCCUUCUGAUGUGAAGGCCAUGCAGUACUCCUCACCAGCCCCCUCCAUCGUCGGAUCACCCCGCUCGGCGAAGCGUGGGCAGCUGCCGACUAUUUCUCGGCUUGGAAGCCCGACGGUGUCCGCUCAGUAUUCUCCCAAGGGCCGCACGACGCCGACACGCCUCAAGGUCAAGAAGGAGCCUGCUCCCCUUGUCUUGCUGCAUGUGACUCUUCUACCUCUUCGCUGGCAAUGGGCUGAGAUCCUCGAAAACACACCUUCUGAUAACCUCACGGCAGAGGCCAAGAACCUGCGCGAGGCCUGGCACCACCUCCACGACCGUGUCGCGGAGACCGUCUGCGAGCGCGGUAUCCUCCUGUCCCAUCCCCAGGAUGACUAUGAAAUCCUCGAGGAGAGACUGCUGGAAGCCCUCGACCUCCCUCUGCGCCGCAGGGCACGUGUCCUCGAAUGCGGCCAUUACAUCGGACCCUCCAACGAGUCAACCAUGACCGAGGAGAUCGACAGCGACGAAGAGGAGUACGAUGAGGAGAUCCGGAGGCGGAACGCCCUGGCCAAGACCCACUGGUGCCCUACCUGCCGCCACGACAUCCGCUACGAGUCCCUCGGCCCCGGCAAGAUCUUCCGCAUCAAGGUGUACGCCAGCAACGGCCUUAUGAGGACCGGCGCCUGGGCUGCUUGCUGGAAGGAGAUGGAGCGCGUCGACGUCGAGAUCGAGCCCAUCGUGACGUCCGGCGUCCUCGACGAGCUCGAGCGUCUGGUUAUUGCCCAGUCUCAGCAGAUGGUCAAGCAUGAGAACCCCACCAUUAUCGAGUCGACCGAGACCGACCACGACGACAUGUCCGCGUUUGAGCACGACAUGGACGACCACCACCUCGACCGCAGCAUGCCUGCACUGGAAGAGCCGCCUCAGGAGCCCUCAAUUAUUGGGGAGUCAAACAUGAUUGAGCCCAAUUACGAGGAUGAGUCGCAUAUCCCUGCGUCGUCGCCUGCCCCGGCCAUGGAAGAGCACCGGUCGCCUUCUCCUGAGCCGAUGCACCGCCACCAUGAGAGUGAAGAGCGCCGUCUUCGUGACGAGGCUCGCAUGCGUGAAAUCUACGGAGACAGCGCUCCCCCAUCCGCUGAGCCAGAGCACGAGCCCGUUCCCGAGCCGGAGCCGCAAGCCGAGGAGUACAACCAGAAGGACUACACCCAGACGCCGCCGCCUCAGCAGUCCCGCGAACAGCCCCAUGAGCACUACCACCAAGAGCAGGAACACCGCCACCAGCAGUCACCGCCGCCUCCGUCCAGCCACGGCUUCGACCAGCAACAGGGCCAGCCACGCACCUUCCAGAACGCCGGCUUCGGCGAGCUGCUCCUUGAGGCUGCGCGCGUGUUCAUGCAGGACAAGAAGAACCUCGCCAUUGUGGUUAUGGGAUUGUUGAUGCUGUUCAUGGUGGUCAAGCCGGCGCCGCGGGAGGUCAAGGAGUGGGAUGGCAAGUUUGUGGAGCAGAUUCGGGCCGAGGUCCGUAUGGAUGAAGGGUCGAAGGCUGCUGUUGAGCCGGCUGUAAUGGAGACGGUCCAGUCCGUGGUUGAGUCGGUUACUGAGUCGAUUGUUUCUGCCGAGACGCCUGUUGACAUUGUCGUGGAGCCUAGUCAGGCUGUUACUGAGGUUGACGAGAAAGCCGAGGCCGCUGAGCCUAGCCAGGAUAUGCCCGUUUCCGAGCCAACUGCUACGGUCGAGGAGGAUGCCUUUGGGACCUCUUCUGCGUCUUCUGACGAGCCCUCUCCUUCUGUGGUUGAGGGUUUAGAGGAGUCUGAGCAGGAGGUCGAGGAGGGUGCUGAGGAAGCGACUCCCUCGCCUGAGCCUACUCCUUCCCCGCUUGACGAGUCUGAAAGCCAGUCCCACGUCGCCGUUCACCAGACGAUCACGACCAGGGAGGUUGUCCGCAUCAUGGAGACUGUCACCGAGACUGUCAAGGCGUUCGUCACCGAGACGGAGGUCAUCCAGUCCGAGCCCACGGCCAGUGUUGCGCCUGAGGCUGAGAUCGAAGAGCAAGAAGAGGGGCAGGUUGAGGACGAGGAGGACCCUGUUGAGGGCGCCGCUGCGGAGGAGACUGUCGUCGAGGAUGAGAUGUCUGCCCAGCCUACUGAGACCGAAGAGGAGCAGGCCGCUGAGACUGUUGCACCUACCGAAGAGCUUGUUGACGAGGCAGUGGUCGAGGAAGAGCCUGCUUCUGAGGAGGCCGAGCAGAAGGUUGAGCAGGAACAGGAGUCUGAGACGGCGGAGCACGAUGAGCUCUGA